CAGGGGCCGGGCCGGCGGCCGCCCCCCAUGGGAUAAGCAGGAUGCCCGUGCGGCGCGGGCACGUCGCCCCCCAGAACACCUUCCUGGACACCAUCAUCCGCAAGUUCGAGGGGCAGAGCCGGAAGUUCAUCAUCGCCAACGCCCGGGUGGAGAAUUGCGCCGUGAUCUACUGCAACGAUGGCUUCUGCGAGCUGUGUGGCUACACGCGGGCCGAGGUCAUGCAGAAGCCCUGCACUUGUGACUUCCUGUACGGGCCCCGCACCCAGCACAGCGCCGCUACCCAGAUCGCGCAGGCCCUGCUGGGCUCCGAGGAGCGCAAGGUGGAGAUCUGCUUCUACCGCAAGGACGGCAGCUGCUUCCUGUGCCUGGUGGACGUGGUGCCCGUGAAGAGCGAGGACGGGGCCGUGAUCAUGUUCAUCCUGAACUUCGAGCUGGUGCUGGAGAAGGAGCUGCUGGGCUCCCCGGUCAAGGACACCAACCACUGGGUGACUCCCACCAACUGGUUCCCUGCAGGGCGCAGCAAGUCCUUCAAGCUGAAGCUGCCAGCGCUGCUGGCGCUCACGGCUAGCAAGCAGUCGCUGCCCCAGGGGGGCCCAGAUGGCGUCAUCGUGGACUUCUCCAAGCCCAGCAGCGAGUCAGGGGCUCCAGACAACGUCACUUCCUCCCUGGAUAACAGCUGCCUGGGCUCCCAGCUGGAGGAGCGCCAGGCCCUGGUGGAGCUGGAGGCGGGGAGGGGUCCGCCUGGCGAGGCAGGCCUGGAGCCCCCCAUCACCCACUCGUCGCCCCGCGCCGACAGGGACCGGCUCCACCUGGACACCUCCUUCUCCAAGUGCAGCCUGUCGCGCAGCCGCUCCCGGGAGAGCUGCCACAGCGUGCGGCGCGCCUCCUCCGUCGAUGACAUCGAGGCCAUGAAGGGCGAGGGCGACAGGCGGGGACACAGCCGCCACGGCAGUGCAGGGGCCAUGAACAACCUGCGCAGCACCCUGCUGAACUCCACCUCGGACUCGGACCUGAUGCGCUACCGCGCCAUCAGCAGGAUCCCGCAGAUCACACUCAACUUCGUGGACUUCAAGGCCGAGGCCUUCCUGGCGUCGCCGGCCAGCGAGCGGGAGAUCAUCGCGCCCACCAAGCUGAAGGAUCGGACGCACAACGUCACCGAGAAGGUCACCCAGGGCAGGAAGGACAGUGGCUCGCAGCCCGAGGGCGACCGCAAGAAUGCCCGGGUGCGCCGCGCCGUCCGCAUCUCCAGUCUGGUGGCACAGGAGAGCCCGGCACCCCCGAGCGCCCCCUAG